GUAGGAAAGGAGUGAUUUUGAUGAGUUGUGUGUUCCUUGUGGUGUUCCUGGGCGGAGUCUUCAUAUCAUGGUACUUGUGCUGGAGGUGAUGAAGGGAUGAUGGGCCUGCCACAGCUGCAGGCGACUGACCGGGCUGCAGAUGGGUCCAGGGACAGCAAACACUUGCCUGCGUCUUGUCGAGAUGAUUUCCGAACCACGGAUUGGCAGUAUUGCAUGCGAAGGGAGAUGCAGGAGAUCCUUCCUGGCCUGUACUUGGGACCGAAUGCAGCUGCCUCCAGGGCAAACCGGGAACGACUCGAACAAGCUGGGAUCACGGACCUGGUGUUGGUGCGACAAGAAGUGGAGUCGCGAGUGAUGAGGCCCAAUUUCCCGAACGCGUUCCGCUACUUGGAGAUCCAGUUGCCGAGCGUGAAUUUCGCCGACAUCAUUGCCCAGCUCCCGCGGGCCUGUGCCUUUUUGGACGCCUGUUUUGCCCGCGGCGGCCGGGCCCUCGUCUACUGCUCGGACGGCAUUUCCCGUGGGCCCGCCAUCGUCGUCGGCUACCUCAUGCACAAGCGGUGUUUGCCGUUCCCCGACGCUGUUGACUUUGUCCAGAAACUUUUCAACUACAAUAUGUGUUACUCUGAUUCGAUGGGGAUGGCUCGAAGGCUGUGCAUAAAUCUCACAGGAGACUUGCAGAACCAGUUGCGCGAAUACGAGCCGAUUUGCAGGGCCAUGAGGGUCGCCACUGCGCGCGGCGAAAGUUCCGCCGGCAGCGGUCGCAACAACGACAAGAAGCGUCCCCGUGAGGAAUACGACGACGAGGACUGUGACGACGUUCUCGUCGACAUCAACGACGACGAUGAAAACAACCAUCACCACCAACAGCAUCAUCGUCAGUGUGAAAACGGCGACGGAAGUGACGGCGGUGGCGGUGAUAGUGAGUUGCCGAGGCCCAGGCGGCGUCCGCGUGAGCCCGGCGCCGCCAAGCGUGUCCCUUCCUUGCUGGCUAUGCCUGAGCCCAUGGACGAGCUUUGACGGGGCUGCUGUUCAUCUUAUUUGUAUUUUUUCUUCUUUUUUUGUGAUGAUGAUGAAUCUUGUUCCCCCACCCCCAUUUUGUCACUCUCACCCAUCCAAAAAAAAAAUUGGUGAGAUUUUUGUUGUUGUUGAUACGAGGGAUUAAGGCAAAAGUUCUCGGUCGCAGUUUUCCUGAACGACAUUCAAGCUGAUGGUUGUAUUUUUCAUUUGUUAUUAGCUUAUUAUUCGAAAUUUUACGGAAAGUACGCAUUUUUAAAUCCAAUUUUUGGUGAAGGAGAAGCCUGAUUUACGAGUACAGUAUUUACUUGAGUACGUUUGAGUAAAACGCGUACUUCUUCAAUCAACGUUUUUUAUGAGAUUGUUUCCCUGAGUAAGACUCGCACGCCAUUUUUAGUGACUGUAAAACUGCUAUGUAUUGUAACAAAAAUAUGAACACCCAAAUUUUGAUGAACCGUCAUUCAACAAGUUUUCAAUCGUUUCCAUUGCAAGAAGUAUUUCUGAGAGAAUUUGUUUGAAAUUUAACACCGGAAUCUACCGUAUUUACUUGAGUACCACGCGCCCUCAAAUAACGGGUUUGGCUAAAAUCUUAUUCCCAAUUAAGUCACUCACCCCAAUUUUUAGUGAAUCUAAAACCACAGAAUUUUGAAAAUAAAAACAAAAAAUUGACUUUAGACAUCAAUUGAACAAAAAUCUGAUCAAUUUUCAACUUUAUCAGUACAAAAAAGUUUUCCUGUUACAUUUUUUCCAAAUUUCUCCAUUAUAAUUAAGUAUAAUGCACACAUAACUUCUUAAAAUUUCUUGAAAAAUUUGUACCCGUUUAUGAUGCGCACCCCUUUUUUCUUCUGAAAUUUGAGAAAGAAGGUGUGCAUGGUACUCAAGUAAAUACAGUACUAUAAUAUACACACCUGAACUUCUUGAACAAUGUAUAUGAUGUGCACCCCCUUUUUUUCCUUCCAAUUUUGUAUGAAAAUGGAAAUUGGGCUCAAUUAUGGGAAGACCAGAAACUUUUGCUUAAUCCCUUGUCCCUGGGGUGCUAGGGAAGUUGUGAGACUCUUCUGGCUUGAAGAUGAUUGAAAGGAAAAAAAACUUUUUUUUUGGCAAGGAUUGCUCAAAAGCAACUAAUUUUAUGUGUACUUUGAAUAGGUCAAUGUUUUACAUUUCUAGAGGUUCGCUUUGUGCAAAUGAGGGGGUGUCCAAGCUCUAGCGACAUCUACAUGGAAAAACUGCUGAAAGCAAAUCGUUCAACUCGUUUUUUGUUCACUUCGUUCAAUAGUUCCCUCUUUGAAUGCUCAGCACUUCAAUUUGCAUUCGCCAAAUCCGUUGGUAAGAUCAGCCUCAUCUGUCAAAUUUUGUAGAUAAAUUGGCACGCUUUCUUGAGACUUGAAACAAAUUAUCGCGGCGUAUUCAAUUAAAAAUUGAAUCUGGCUUCUGAAUUGGGAAAUUAUCCUUUUAGGAGGGAAAAAAUUCGAUUAGAUGAAGUAUAAAUCUGACCGAUUCUAUGUUGUUCGCAUGUAGGUUCCGUAAAUUUCUGUUAGCGUCACAUAUGCUGGAGAAUUUCUCCGAUUUCUAUGAGUAGAUGUCGCUGGUGUGUGAAUCCCUCGUUGGUCCUCUCGAGACCAUAAAACGAUUGUUGUUCAGUUUUUCUACGAGUACUGGUGAUAAUGUGAGGCCAUGUGUCUCGAAUGCAGGAUUUUUCGUCUCAAAACUGGGAGGGGAAGGGAAUCGUAAUUAUAAAAAAAAAAAAAAGAGUAGAAAUUGAUCAACUCAGGGAAGAAAAUGUACAUCCCAGAGGGUUGCUGUGAAAACCCAUUCGCACUGAGAGUGGGUGGAAAAGUCGCAACACUUUCCUAGCAUCCUUUUGUGAAUUUCCUGAAGAACGGACCCGACUGUGAGGGUGAUUCCUACAGGAUGCAGUCUGAAGAAUUCGGGGAGAGUGAAAAGAAAAAUUUUGAAAGCUGGAAAAAAAUGUGAAAACUUACACUUUUCUACCGUUUUUUUGGGGUGUACGGCAGGAAAAGAAUCGUGUGUUUUUAUCCUCAACCUUUUUUUUUCCAUGUGAGGAAAAUGUAUCGACGGUUUCCAGGGAAAAGAAGUCUUUGAAGCUGACUGAUUAUUUUCUUUCUCUUUUUUUCCCGUAUCCUAGUGUUUUCACACUGUUGAGAUCAUGUGGGUCAAUUUCUCGUGUUCGAUGUUUUAAUAUUUUCAGGUCUGCUUAUCGUGAGCAUGAUUUUGUUGGUUGUUUCUCUCCACUUUUUUGUUGGAAGCCGUUUGUCUCAGGAAAGCAUUUAAACGGACUUUCUCUAUGCAUUUUUACAUUUUUUCAAAUUCUGAGUGUCGUUGGCUCGGUGAUUUUUUUUCCCCCUUUCGUUGGGCGAUCUGGUUGUUCUGGGUUUAUUUCCACGAAGAAGGAUUCUAAUCUGGACGUUUUUGAGGAACAGCGUUGGAAUUCGAUGAUCGAA